CAGUUCGAUAAGCACGCUAAUGGGUAUCGGCUGUGGACCGCGCUCAUUGCUCAGUGCCGGGUACUCCAACAGUCUGUUUUCGCCGCCAAGUAGGUCUCGAAAGCUGACUGCCGACCACGUGCUGCCGACUAACGAGAAAGAAAUACACGCAUUCGUUUGCAUUCGGAUGAGAUAACAGACAAGAGCUCUUAUUGGUUGCCACGCUUGACACGUGGUCGUUUGCGCAACAGCGAGAGAGUGCAAAGUCAUGGUAGGCUCGAAUCUUCGCAAGCAAUUCGCAGAAGAGUGGAAGGUACCAUGGCGGAUGAGCACUUUUUUGCGGGCGCUCUUGUUGCGCUUGCUGCCGUGCUUGUGUUCCUGCAGCAGUUUUGUCGAAAGUCGAGCUUGAAGAGGUUGCCGCCUGGGCCAUUAAGCUUGCCUAUUAUUGGUUCCUCCUAUAUUCUUGGAAGGUACCCGAACGCAUGGGAUGCGUUUAGCGACCUGCGCCGCCGCUACGGGGACGUUUAUUCAAUCAAUCUCGGCUCAAGACGAUGCCUUGUGGUCAGCACUGUUGACGCUCUUCGUGAAAUCUUGGUCACAAAGGGGACGGACUUCGCUGACAGGCCGGACUCGCUUCGUUACCACGCGAUAUUCAAGGACAACCGGAACCUAUCUAUAGCGUUAUGCGACUGGUCUUCGAAGCAACGAACGAGACGUGAGCUUUGCUACCCAGUCAUGCAUCCGAAGCAAGGGUCCGCAGAACAGUCGCGACUGAGUACGUCUAUCGAGACUGAACUGCUCUACCUGACUGGCGAGCUUUCCCGGACCAGUGGCAGAGCCAUCAAGCCACGACAAGCGCUUCUAGUCACCACUGCAAACAUAUUUUAUAAGUUCUUCUGUACGGAGCGUUUCAGUCCUGAUGACUCGAAAUUCUUGCGCAUAGUGGACCUUUACAAUGAAGUAUUUCAUCAACUCUUCCAGGGAUUCGCCAUCGACUUCAUGCCUUGGUUAAAGGUGGUCCAGGGCAAAGAACUAUGUAUUCUCAAGGAGAAGUCUAUGGAAAUAUACCGCUUCACCCUGGCCAUCAUGGACAGACGGGAAAAGGCCAUGGCCAGCAGUGGAAGCGGUGCAGGACUGGAUCAGGCCCGCGACCUCAUGGAUGUGUUGCUGCUCUCGCUCAAAGAUCCAAGCACCAAAGGCCAGUUGGACAAGGUCGACGUCGCCGUCGUAAUCGAGGACCUCAUCGGGGGCCACUCUGUCGUCGCCAACCUCUGGGUUUGGUGCCUCUACAUUCUGAGCACCUACCCGGAAGUGCAACGCAAGAUCAGGGAAGAAACGAGGGCGAUAAGCUCCUCUGAGGAGCGACGACCCUGCCUUUUGGACCGGAGCCAUUUGUGCUACACAGAGGCCACGCUCUACGAGGUCAUCAGGGUCGUAAACUCGCCCAUCAUUCCCCAUGUCUGCACCAACGAUACCACGGUCCAGGGUUUUCACGUGAGCAGGGGCACCGUCGUAAUGUUCAACACGAACGACAUCAACUACUGUUCGGAUCUCUGGGAGAAGCCCUGGGAUUUCAACCCUGAAAGGUUUCUCGGCGGGAACGGAUGCGUCCUCAAGCCCAGCCACUUCUUCCCCUUCGGCACCGGCAAGCGCUCCUGCAUGGGCGACGGGCUCGUGCGCGCCACGUUGGUGCUCGGCAUGGCGGCGCUGCUCGGACGCUUCGAGCUCUCUUUGGCCCCGGGCCAGGAACCCGCGCGCUUCGCAGAUUUCCGCAGCAAGGUCAUCUUCGACCGCGAUCCGGAAAUCGUCUUCACGGAGGUCGCUGCACGCAUGCAGUGCCCGUAGCUCCGCCGGGUUGAGCACACGGCCAUCCUUCAACUGUCUUACCGCCGCCAUUUCAGCUCAUCGUCGUUCGCGCGUCACUGACGCUUCAACAGGUUCGUCCAGGUCUGCCCGUGUGCCCAUUACGCGAAGCGCAUAGCUUUUCCGCUUUCACAGCAUUUGUUGGGCUUCUGAGUACAUGUCUGGGGAGACCGGCUAUUUCGGAAUGUCAACUGACACAGGUCAGCGAUUCAUUCGGGUCACGAGAAAUCCACGGCCCCCACCUUCCGAUGUCAGUCCGCACGUCAGUUUCUGCAGACCUUCGGAACUUGCGUACCGGUCCCCCGCUGCAUACGGCCAAAGCGCGGCACUUGGCGGUGUGCGCCACAAGCGCUCCGUGCCAGUGCGACACGGCAACAGCCUGGACUGCCGCUGGUGCUAACUCCAUCAGUCUCUACACUUUUUUGCAGCUGGAGUCAUCUGUCGGUGCAGCGUCUCGGGCAGGAGGGAAGCUCGGGGCUUGGUCCAUGCUUGGUCCAUGCUUGGUCCAAGCGCGCAAAGGCAUGUCGACACUGCUCGUGUGCGGCCGCGUGACGUCGGCGGCGCGAUUGCGCGCAACCGAGACCCGCGCCUCAGCUCAGCUUCGCGCUCCCGUGCCACCCGCGGGCGUCGCUGCCCCGGCGGGCUCCCUUUUACACUAAAUCACCUUCAUAAUAAAUAGACCGUCCACCUCUUAUUCGGCGCGUCACGUAAUCUUGCUGCGACAACUCGCCACUACACUGGGGGUCACGCUUUCAGUUUACCGCCCUUCAGCUCACCGUUGUCACGCUGGCCAGCCGUAACUCUGGUUAAUCUGUCAUCAGCAUCUACUGGAUUCUUCCAGCGCCCGCAGACGCAUUUGAUUCUUCCUGGUCAAGCGGCAACCACUCGUCUCUUUAGAGGUGCCAGUCACUAACUGUUCGACCCAACACUUCGAGCCGCCCGAGCGGCGUCCUGGUUGGACAAGUCUAGGGUGUUCCAGUUGUGUAUAAAAACUCUGCUUUAGGUUCAUUUGCGGCCCAAAAUUGUGGCGCAUUGUGCGCCACAUCGUGCGUGUCUGCUCGGUGAGGCUUCGUACUCGCCGCGUCAGCGUCCCCGUUCACCGUCACGUCCAUGAGCCAUGCGCGCCUCGCUACACAUCCUGACCCGACGACUGGAGCGCGGGCGUCCAGCCGCCGCAGCCAGAGGUGCCCGCGUGUGGUGCGGUGAGCGCGUAGCUGCUGCUGGGGUUGGGAACGUGCGCGCGUUUACUCACGCGUGCGCCAAACCGCGGCCGAAACCUUCGAGCGUGCGUUUGCCAUUGCGACUCAACGGUCCGAGCUCUGGGCGUUCCUCCUGUCCUGAACCUUUGGAUGCGCGUGCAUGGACGCCAUGUCUGGGACUCGCGCCCUCGACCUCCAGGAUUGUCGCAACUUGCCAUACCAAUAUAGUUUUAAUUUCGCUAAUUUUAACGCCACUUUCUGCAGUUGAACUAUUGUAUCUAAUACUGCACACUGGAUGCUUUAUGCAACGCUUCGGUACACUGCUGUAUUGCUCACAACUUGAAAUGUUGAAAUAAAGCUGUGCUCCGACA